UGUUAAGGACAUUCUCAUCUCUCUCUCUCUCUCUCUCGGCCGCAUUGGUCAUCACAUUUCGGUUCAGGAACCAGAUUGUCAUACGAAACCGUAGAUCUUGAUUUCUCCUUCAGCUUGAUGUCCUUGUUGAUGAAUUUGAUGUGAUUGGGUUUCGAUUUUAAUUGCUAAAAGCCGGAUUUUGGAAUUUUAGGGGUUGAUUUUAUCGAGCACUUCAAUAUUUGAAGUGGGUUUGUUGGAUUUUGAAGUGGGUUUUGUGAAAUCGUUAUGGAUAGUAACAAGGACGAGGCUUUAAGAUGUAUUGGCAUUGCCAAAGAGGCAAUUGCUUCGGGUAAUAAGCAACGGGCACUCAAGUUCAUUGGGAUUGCACGUCGGCUUAACUAUAGUUUGUCGAUGGACGAUCUUUUGGCUGCGUGUGAAAAUCUAGAUUCAUCAUCCUCUAGUCAGUCAAUUGAUGAAAAGACGGUAGAUAAUACUAGGAACGGGUCGGGUAAGUUCAAAUUUGAUGACGUUUCUAAUGGAGAGCCACUUUAUACCGAGGAACAUGUGCAGUUGAUUAGGAAAAUUAAGAGAAAUAAGGACUAUUAUGAGAUCCUUGGUGUGGAAAAGGGUUGUUCGGUUGAGGAGAUUAGGAAGGCCUAUCGGAAACUGUCAUUGAAAGUUCAUCCAGACAAAAACAAGGCACCAGGGUCUGAGGAGGCAUUUAAACAGGUUAGCAAGGCGUUCAAGUGCUUGAGUGAUGAUGAAUCGAGGAGACAAUACGAUCAAACGGGUUUGGUUGAUGAAUUUGAGUACAACCAGCAGCAUAAUGUUAGGCGAAGGAGGAGGAGAACUGGACAUGAUUUGUUUGAUGAUGAUUUUGAUCCUGAUGAGAUAUUCAGGGCAUUCUUUGGCCAGGCAAACACGUUUCAGACGACUCAUGUUUACAGGACUAGAGAAACAAAUGGUCAACAGAGGGAAGAUUUUGGUGGGACUGGGCUUAAUUUGAUGCUGCUUCUUCAGAUAUUACCGUUUUUGAUAAUUAUCUUGCUUGCUUACCUGCCUUUUUCAGAACCGGAUUAUUCCUUGCAGAGGAAUUAUUCCUAUCAGUUUCAGAAGAUGACUGAGAACCAUGGAGUGGAGUUUUAUGUGAAAUCGCCUGAAUUUGAUCAAAAUUAUCCCCUUGGAAGUCCUGCUAGAGCUAACAUUGAGAACAAUGUGAUCAAGGAUUACAAAAAUAUGCUUGGGCGCUAUUGUCAUGUAGAACUCCAGAGGCGACAAUGGAGCAGAAACUUGCCAACACCUCACUGUGACAGGCUACAGAAUUUUGGGGUAGCAUGAAGGUUUUGGAUAGAACCCCUUGGAGUUCUCAGGUGCAUUUUCAUUGCAUGAUUAUGACCCUGGCAGACAUUAUUUUUUGAGCUCAAGGCAGUGGCUGGUAGAUAACACAAAGUAGUCGAGUUCAGUUGCACAUAUAUAACCAGGCAUUAGCCUUUCUGGUGCUGGUGUGGACUUUUGGCCGCGCACCUGUCUGCCAUGGUGAUCAAGAACUGUCUAGAGGAGGAUGUCGUUUCACUUUUCAUUUGCGAUAAUGCAUUAUAUUUUGGGGUUUGUCCUCAUAGCUUAUGUAUUGAUUGCUUAGCAAGCUCGGUGAACUAUCAUUAAAAACCGAAUUAGUUUAGUUCAUGAUAAGAUGAGCUCGUAGUUUUCUUGUAUCUACUGCUUACGAGCUGUUUUCUUUCUUGUAGUUGGGUUGAUGCCUAAAGCAAGGUGAGGAUUUUGAGAUGCAUGAGCAUCAAGACAUGAAUUUUUAGUAUAAUGUAUGAUUCAGUUCGAGCACUAUGAUGGCUGGAUGAAGGCAACUAUGGUCGAGUUCCAUACUGUCAUGACUAUGACUGUCUAUGAGUUGUGUAAGUAUGCUGAUUUUGAUUCUUGUCUUAAAUUUUUUUUUGGAAUUCAUGUUCGAU